GGCGAGACGGAUUAAUGUAAACUAGCUUUUGCUAGAUUAAAGUUUCACAUCCUUCACAUAUCAGCCCACCUGCCACGGGAUACGUUAUAAACCAAGUUUAAGUGCUCACAUGUUUUGGUCCCUUUCUUCCUUUCUGGGUCCACAUUUGAACGCCCUCUACUGCCCCCUGCAGGCCUGGAGAGGAACUACCAUGACCCGCCACACCAAUGAGAGUCUCAACAUUUGCACGGUUCAGAUAUCCUCACCUCUUCAAACUUCUGCUACAGACAUGGAGGUCUGGGUGGAUCCCAGUUCCUUCCUCUAUUUCAAGUCUGGAUUUGAUUCAUUCAAGAAUAGUGGAGAAAAUCUCCCGACUUGACCCGAAAAUCUGCGGAUUUGAAAGGACGUGCGUAAAGGGCAGCGACAGAGGAACUCUUAGGAAAUGAGCCGGGAGUGUCAAAAGGAUUUCUCUCUCUUCUCGGGUCUCCGGGCUUCCUCUUGUUGGCGUGCAGCGAUGAUGCGUGCUUCACUGGACUCGACCGGCGCAUUCGCAGGCUGAUGAAACACUUUGUCAAUCCUUUUUUUUCUUCUUCUUCUUCUUCUUUUCCUUCUUUUCUUUACUGCUUCUAUUUUUUUUUCUUCUUCUAAAGAGUGAUCCAAAUGUAUCUCCGUCCGUGUGCGUGAGGGGAUGGCGACCAGACCGCGCCGGGUCCACGAGUGGUUAUCUUCUUCACGUUCGCACGUGGUCCUGGAUGGAUGAUGACAGCUUGUGCCACAGGUGAAUGAGUAUCGGCUCAGUUUCUCUCAGCGGCGAGUGUCUCUCGAAGCUGUUUUUCUGACUCCGGCGUCCGGAUCGUGCUCGUCGCCUUGGCGACGAUGGAUCUCAAAGUAGAAGCCGAAGAAAGGGACGCGCAUCCGCCUCCACCCAUAGAAGUGUUUGCGCACAGCUCGACUCUGCACGGAAUCUCUCACAUCUUCACGUACGAGCGGUUCUGCAUCAAGCGCUGCCUGUGGGUGGUGUUUUUCUUGGGGUCUCUGACCUUCCUGCUGUUCGUGUGCGUGGACCGGAUCCACUUCUACCUCGAGUACCCGCACGUCACCAAACUGGACGAGGUCACGACCCCGAUCAUGACGUUCCCCGCGGUCACCUUUUGCAACCUGAACGCGUUCCGGUUCAGCCGGGUGUCGCGCAACGACCUGUACCACGCAGGGGAGCUGCUGGCCCUGCUCAACCAGAGGUAUGAGAUCAGGGACAUCCACCUCGUGGAGGAGAGCGUCCUGGAGAGCCUGAAGGUCAAAGCCGAUUUUCACAAUUUCAAGCCGCGACCCUUCAACAUGCGGGAGUUCUACGACCGGACCGGCCACGACAUCAACGACAUGCUGCUGGCCUGCCACUUCCACGGCACCGAGUGCAGAGCGGAGGACUUCCAAGUGGUCUUCACUCGCUACGGGAAGUGUUACACCUUUAACGCCGGCGGUGAUGGACGCCCUCCUCUCUUCACCACCAAGGGAGGGAUGGGCAACGGCCUGGAGCUCAUGCUGGACAUCCAGCAGGACGAAUACCUGCCCAUCUGGGGGGAGACAGAUGAGACUUCAUUUGAAGCCGGGGUCAAAGUUCAGAUCCACAGUCAGGACGAGCCGUCCUUCAUCGACCAGCUCGGGUUUGGAGUGGCGCCCGGCUUUCAGACGUUUGUUUCCUGCCAGGAGCAGAGGCUGAUAUAUCUUCCUCCUCCCUGGGGAGACUGCAAGGUGACGGCGAUGGAUUCGGACUUCUUCGACACGUACAGCAUCACAGCCUGUCGCAUCGACUGCGAGACUCGCUACCUGGUGGACAACUGCAACUGUCGCAUGGUGCACAUGCCCGGCGAUGCUCCCUACUGCACCCCCGAGCUGUACAAGGAAUGUGCUGACCCGGCUCUUGACUUCCUGGUGGAGAGAGACAAUGAUUUCUGUGUGUGUGAGACGCCGUGCAACAUGACCCGGUACAGCAAAGAGCUGUCCUUCGUCAAGAUCCCCAGCAAGGCCUCCGCCAAGUACCUGGCGAAGAAAUACAACAAGUCUGAGCAGUACAUUAAAGAGAACAUUCUGGUUUUAGACAUCUUUUUCGAGGCUCUCAACUAUGAAACUAUUGAACAGAAGAAAGCGUAUGAAGUGGCGGGACUUUUAGGUGAUAUCGGUGGUCAGAUGGGGCUUUUUAUCGGAGCGAGCAUACUCACCAUUCUGGAGCUAUUUGACUAUCUUUACGAGGUGAUAAAGUACAAGUUGUGUCGCUGCUCCGAUAAGAAGCACAAGCACAACAACAACAACAACAACAACGACCAGGGAACGGUCUUGAGCUUGGACGACGUCAAGUGUCACGUCAGUAACUUUCAUUAAGGCGCCCCGCGGGAGGCGAGGAGGAGUCUCAUGGACUUUGUUCGUUGAGGUUUUUUUUCCUGGUCUGCGGGAGCGACCGGAGGGGAAAAGUGUCUUAACUGAGACGCUGGAGAGAGAGUGUGUGUGUGUGUGUGUGUGUGUGUGAGUACAACAUGUGGCUGAAGGUGAGCAGAGGCCACGUACACACCUGUGGAGAGCAGAGGAACCACACAUCAAACAUGUCGUGAUGAGUAAAAAUCAAUUUAAAUAAAGAGUCAGACUAACUGCAUGGUCAUCUGUAAAACAGCUUCUCGAGACGUAGUAACAGAUCCGGUAGA